AUGCAGAUGUUCAAUCUCGUCACUCUUUUGUCGCUCCAACUGAGCCUGACCUCAGCCCUGAGCAUUCCCGGCGAAAAAAUGAAGCGCUCUAUUGUGAGCGAUGUUGUUCUCUAUGCAUAUGGUCAAGGAGCCACAGACUGGCCUCUUUCAUAUGGGCUCAACGACAGCAAACUCUACAUUACUUCGAGUCCCGAAGAUACUGCAGCGAAUCUUGCUCCUGUUAAAUGGUCCCUCUCUUCGAUCACCGACGAAAACUGGAUGGCCAAUGCAACGCUGGCCAACGGAACCUCCCUCGGAUCUCUCUACAUCAUGCAUUCGGAUGCCUUCAACUCCGUUGGCGUUUCUCCUGUCGCCACCAUCAGCAAGAUGAACGGCACUGUCACGGGCUUCGGACUGUUUGCCACGCAGCUGGUCUAUAAUGAUAACUCGAACUUGGAAUCGCAGUUCUGGGCUCAAUCAACUAGUACAGAUGGGAUAUAUGCCCUCAUGUGGAAUGCUGAUGGAGGGAUGCAAGACAAUAGCUUUCCAGUGCUUCUCAAGUACGGGACUGCUACUUAA